ACAUUAAUUUCGAAUUGAAAAGCGACGCAGCUUCACUUUAUACAUAUAUUCCAUGAAUUGUGACGCUUCCAAGAGUAAAUUGCCACUUGUAAAGUUUUCUUUUCCUCGUUAACCGUGACCGAAUGAUCUCGCGCAUUCAUUGCAGGCUGUUUUGCUCUUUAUUAACUGUGACAGGCGAAAGUACUCACUGAGUGAGUAUGAUGACGCUUUAUUGGCCAUUCAUUCUGAACGCGUUCUUGAAAAAAGUUUGACGCAGCGCAACGAAAAUAACAGAACGCAACGCAGCUGAUGAAACCUUGGCAGAAAUUUCCACCUCACCUGGAUAGCAAUUGUAGUGUUCCUAUUCAUCAUUGUCGUCUUCGUCCGUGCGAACGGCGCGCGCCUCACUUUCUCCGCAUCAUUGGGGCCUCGAGAGCGCCAGGGCGCGAAGAUGAACAUCCAAGUCCUGCCCGAGCACAAACUGUCCGCGGUGGCCCCGUUAAACCCGUUUAACGGGGAGAAGAAGGAAGUGGAGCUGAUUCUGGUGAAGGAGCUGAACGGUGUGCAGUACACGAACUCCUCUGUCGUGGCCUCUCCGAGCUCCACUGAGGAUGGGGAAAGGGAGACAUGGGGCAAGAAACUGGACUUUCUGCUCUCUGUCAUUGGCUUUGCGGUGGACCUGGCCAAUGUGUGGAGGUUCCCCUACCUGUGUUACAAAAACGGAGGAGGUGCCUUUUUGAUUCCGUACAUUCUGUUCCUGUUUAUUGCUGGGAUGCCGCUGUUUUACAUGGAACUUGCCCUGGGUCAGUAUAACAGAGAGGGAGCAGCAACUGUUUGGAAGAUCUGCCCUGCAUUUAAAGGGGUUGGCUAUACUGUGAUCAUCAUAGCAUUGUAUGUUGGGUUUUACUACAACGUCAUCAUAGCUUGGUCACUGUAUUACUUAUUUGCCUCGUUGACGAAUGAGCUGCCCUGGCUCAAAUGUGGUAACUUGUGGAAUAGCCCCAACUGCACAGAUCCACAGCUUAUUAAUGGUACCUUCUUGGGUAACGGGACUUCCUAUGCCAAGUACAAAAACACACCUGCCGCCGAGUACUAUGAGCGCGGAGUUCUACACAUUUAUCAGAGUAAAGGUAUCCAUGAUCUGGGUCUUCCUUGCUGGGAACUCACCAUCUGCCUUGUCGUGGUUGUCUUUAUCCUCUACUUCAGCCUGUGGAAGGGGGUCAGAUCAUCAGGAAAGGUUGUGUAUAUUACAGCUACUAUGCCCUACAUAGUGUUAUUGGUGUUGCUGAUUCGAGGCAUCACUCUCCCUGGUGCAAUGAAUGGAAUUAGGGCGUAUCUCCAUAUUGACCUAAAGAAGCUAAAUAACCCUCAAGUAUGGAUUGAAGCAGCUACUCAGAUUUUCUUUUCUCUAGGAGCAGGCUUUGGAGUCCUCAUUGCCUUCGCUAGCUACAAUAAAUUUAACAAUAACUGCUACAGGGAUGCUCUCCUGACCAGCACAAUAAACUGCAUUACCAGUUUCUUCUCAGGGUUUGCCAUCUUCUCAGUACUGGGUUAUAUGGCUUAUCGGCAUGGUGUCAACAUUAAGGAUGUGGCCACUGAGGGGGCUGGACUGGUAUUUAUCAUCUACCCAGAAGCGAUCUCAACUCUACCUGGAUCUACAUUUUUUGCAAUAGCCUUUUUUAUCAUGCUAUUGACACUUGGGAUUGACAGCUCUAUGGGCGGCAUGGAGGCAGUCAUCACAGGGCUCUCAGAUGACUUCAAAAUCCUCAAGAGGAAUAGAAAGUUAUUUACAUUCGCUACAGCAUUUGGGACAUUCCUGGUAGCCCUCAUUUGUGUCACAAAUGGUGGGAUCUAUGUGUUGACCUUGUUGGACAAGUAUGCUGCAGGGACAUCCAUUCUAUUUGGUGUGCUGAUUGAGGCCAUUGGAGUGUCUUGGUUCUAUGGCGUGGACAGAUUUAGUGAGGAUAUUGAACGCAUGAUGGGCUUCAAACCAGGAAUCUACUGGAGGCUUUGCUGGAAGUUCGUCAGUCCAGCGUUCUUACUGUUUGUGGUGAUUGCCAGCAUUGUUACUUCCAGUGACCUGAGAUAUGAUGACUAUAUUUUCCCUUACUGGUCAAAUGUGGUGGGCUGGUCCAUAGCCUUGUCUUCCAUGCUGUUUGUACCCAUCUAUGCCAUCUACAAGUUCCUGAGUAUGCCAGGCACCUUCAAGGAGAGGAUAGCAUACUGCAUUACUCCAGAACAUGAACAUCACAUGGUGGCUGAGGGUAAUGUCAGGCAGUUCACGCUCCGACAUUGGUUAUCCAUCUGAUUAAGGGGCCAGGUGGGAGUGCCCUCUCAAAUGCUACUUGAAUUCCUGAGAAGAUAUGGUGUGUGUGUGUGUGGGAGAGAAAGGUUUCUUAAAAUGUCUCUUACCAAAUGAAAAGUUUCCCCUGAGAAAAGGACAGAAUGAAGCAAUGGCUAUGUGAAUUUCUCUACACCACACACACUGUACUGUCCAGACUGCUCCAUUUGUGUUCAAUUGUGGAUUUGAGUUUAUUUUGUAUUGUAGGCGAAUUUAAUGAUGUGCCUAUAUUUCUUUUAUUCAUACACCUUAGUCAUAACACACCUCAAAAGACCUAAAAAAAAAAAACUCCUCAAACUGUAUUUAUGAAAAAUACAAGUAAAAUCCUUUUUUUUAUUAUUAAACAAUGAUUAGGUUGUUCUAGUUUUACUUUGAUGACGUUUUGGAUAAUUGUUUGCGAAAAGUGUAUACAGAAAAACACUACAGCUAUAUUCAACUGGCUAUAUAGCUGGGAAAUGGUGUGUGUUUACAGUAUAUGGAGUACAGUAAGUAUGUGUAACAGGUUAACAUACACUGUAGAUCAUCCCUUGACAUUCUAGGAGAUCUUUAACUCGAUAUAGCAGGUUUGGAGCAUUUUGUAGUCAUUGUUCUAAGUUGGUGUACAGCUGUGUGAGUUUCUCAAAUUUUACCUUGUUUUCCAAGAAUUUUUUUUUUUUUUAACAGCUGGCUUUUAUCAAGGGUCCACUGUGGAUUAUCUCAAGAACAUCUUUUCCUUUUUUGACACACCUCAUAAAGUAGACACACCACUGUGCCAGUGCCUUAUCUAGCCAUAAACUUCCUGCCAUUAAGUCACUCGUCCUCAUGUAGAGAGUGCAGGGAUGUUCACUGAGGAGAGAGCCUCAAUAAUCUCCAUGACACGAGAACUUUAUACUUGUAGCUUUCAAAAUAUACCGAGACUUGUUCCAACGUGCUGCCUCAUGUUGUGCUACAGGGCUCUUCAUUCAUUCUUUCUUUUUUUUUCUUCUUUCUUUAUGUAAAAGGAUUAUUUAUUUUUUCUGGUAAUGGAUAUGGCCUUUUAUUAUUAUAACAAUUAUUAUUAUACUAACAUAUGUUACUACAGGACAAAUUUGCUACCUUUGCUAAAACGUUUUUGCCCUUUCAAAAUAAUCAUUUUUGUAUUGCUUCAAAAUCAAUAGAACAAACACACAGAACAAUUCAAGGACUCAUUGAAUCACUUUGUUGAAAGUGAACUAGUGCUCUGAAACGUUAAGCAGAGGGUUAGCUUAUUUAAUUUGAAUUCUGUUUGACAUGACACAAGUUCCAUUCAAAAUUUCUGAAUCCAAGAAAUACAGUUUGUUUUCAAAUUCCACUAUACACUGUCAAAUUCUGUUCAAUUAAUUAAGCUCUUGUGAUCUGUUUGAACAUUUCAAGCCUUUUUUAAGGGUUUUGUGUUUGCAUAUAGGUAACAGACUAUGUCUCUUUGUUUUCAAACCAGUCAAAAUCAAUGAUCUGUCUAACCUAUGUGGUCUUUAUCUUGAGAUGACAAAUACAUUUUGUGAUUCGCCGUGGCUUUCUUGUUUGAAGGACAUUUUCACCAACAUUCUGAAGUGCCAAAUUUACUCCAAUUAUGGCAUCUCUGUUUGUUUCUGUUUUAUUUAUUCAUGCAUAGAAUCCUUUCAAAUACAAAACAAAUUAAACAUGGUCACUGGUAGGAUGCAAACAACGUGGAUUAUGAAAUAUAAAGAGGUACAAAUAUAUUCUUUUGUUAAAUAUCUAAUAUUGUGUGUAUCAAAUUCUUUAUAAAACGUGAAUGUAAAACAUUUUAAGCAUAAAGUGUCUAUUGUUAUAUCAUGCUGUGUGAUAUUAGUAAAGAUAUGAAUAUUCAGAGAUGUAUUAUUAAGUGUAACCGGAAGUGACGUAGCCACAUGAAUGUAAACAGAGCAGCUCUGGCAUUUCUGAGCGAUGCUUACAGAAUACUGUGUGUACAAAUAAAAAUUUGUCCUUUUGAUUGUGUGACAAUUAUAUGUGGAAAAGUUAAAAUAUGCACAUUAUAACAAUAAAGUCCUUUCCAGUACACAGACAGACAGAAAUGUGUUUUUGUCUGCUCUUAAUGGAGCUUUUUUGUUAUUUUGUUUUUAACAAUACGAACUUGACACUGCAUACCAAUUUUGUGUCACCCUUAAGAAAUGCACAUGGACUUUUCUUAAUAGUCCUCUGGUCAUAAAUAUAAAAUAGACUAUAUA